AUGGAGACAGUGACAGAUUUCCCCCAGGAUCCUGAGCCCUGGGGACACUUCCAGUUCCGUGUCAUCGUGCUGGGAGAUGCAGCGGUGGGCAAGUCCUCCCUGCUGCGCUGCUUCACUUGUGGGCCGGCUGGGGGUCCUGGUGGGGCAGCCAGGCCAGGCCCCACCGUCGGCGUCGAAUUCUACAGCCGGACUAUCCCGAUGCCACCCACCGGCAAGGCCAAGCUGCAGCUCUGGGACACGGCUGGCCAGGAGCAGUUCAGAUCCAUCACCAAGUCCUUCUACCGGAGUGCGGCGGGGGUGCUGCUGGUGUUUGACCUCACCAACCGAGCAUCUUUUGAACACGUUCCUGAGUGGUAUCACGAGGCUGCGGGGGACGAGCUGCCUGCCUUUGUCCUGGUGGGACACAAGUGUGACCUGGUGGAUGAGCGAGCUGUGUCAGCAGAGGAAGCUGGACACCUCGCCGCCACUCUGGGCAUGGCCUUCGUGGAGACCUCGGCCCACAGCAACCUCAACGUGGAGUUGGCCUUCCAGACACUGGCUGGAGGUAUCCAGCAGGCACUGGGCCAGGGGAUCCUUGCCCCACACCAGGGAUGUCAUGGCAUCAGGCUCAUCCCCAGCCAGAGUCACCGCCAGCCCCUGGCAGGGAGGAAGCCCCACAAGCGCUGCCAGUGCUGA